CUGACAUCGUAUUUGCAAGUUGUAGGAGUUUGAUGAGAGUGACCGUUUUGGUCCUUGCCAGCUGAGUUCGGGACGGCUGAUGCAUUUUACUGUACUCAGGAAACACCAUCCACGGGCGUUGUCAUCAUCGGGAGAAAUUGCAUACUCCUACCAGUAGAUCGUCGGGGAGAGCUGCCCCCUCCUCUCACCCAGACCGGAGCACGACGGAAGCACGGACAUCUGCACCACGCGCCGCGGUCCGCACCACCACUCGCACCAGCCACGGGGCAGGAAGGGCCCAGAUCUGGCCGGCCCCGCCCGCCGCCGCCGCCGCACACCCACCGGAAGUAGUACGACAGAGGGGCGUCGCCUCCAACCUCCACCACAACGCGCCGCAGCCCGCGCGUCAUUCUCGUGGUAACUCAUCUUCCCGUGUGUUGUCCCUGCUCGAAUCUCCCAAUCCCCUUACCAUAUAUCGCCAGACGAGUCAGGUCAACCAGUCCUGCCCUGUCCUUGCUUGCAUCAUCCCCAUCCCGAUCUGCACCUCGUCUCCACAACUAUGGCGGAGGCGGCGAGGACCGACGCCAACGACGUGCGUGCAGCGGCUGACCGGGUCAGCUUACUCCCCUCUCCUCCCCCAUCACCAUCUGAGGAGGUCGCAUCAACCGAGUCAACGCCGCGUUCUGCUUCCGCACCGAGCACUUCUGCUCCAGCAACGGCGCCAUCCUUCUUCCCCAGGUUGAUUUCUCUUCCUACAGUAUUGUUUUGGAUCUGAUCUGCACCUGCAAGCUCGGUUACUCUGUUCUUAGAGGAAGAUCGACCAUGCAAGUGCGCUGCCAAGGAAAUUCUCCUACGAUCUGUUAAAGGAAAUUACGGAUGGUUUCUCCGAGGAGCGCUUACUCGGUAGCGGCGGAUAUGGAAGAGUUUACAAGGGAUUUCUCAAAGAUGGGGAAGAAAUUGCCGUGAAGUUGCUCUAUGAGAUGCCUACACUUGAUGAUGUGCAGUUUAUGAGGGAGUUUAACAAUCUGACGAGUCUUCAACACGUUAAUAUUGUGCGGUUAGUCGGCUAUUGCCAUGAAACUCGGCCAGAGUGCGCAGAGUACGAAGGAAGAACGGUUGUUGCUGACAGGAUACACAGGGCGCUCUGUUUCGACUAUGCCCACAAUGGGAGCCUUCACGAUCAUAUUUCUGGUAUGAUAUCGUGAUGCUCUACGUAUAAUUUUUUUUUCAAACAUCCUCCAAUUGUAUUUGUUAAUAUGUUAUGGAUUUAUUCUUAUGCAACAAAAGAAUACUCUUUGUCGCGACAAAUGAAUUUAAUGGACGUGAUUGGCGCACACGUUAUGGAAUAAUUAAGGGGAUUUGCAAUGGUUUGAAAUACCUGCAUCAGGACCUAAAUUCUCCUAUAUAUCAUCUGGAUCUAAAACCAGCCAAUGUAUUGCUGGAUAAGAAUAUGUUACCAAAGAUAGCUGAUUUUGGCCUGUCAAGGCUGUUUGGAGAAGAACAAACAAAAAUCACAAAUACUUCAUUCGGAACGCGCGGUUAUUUACCACCAGAAUACAUAGAGCAGAAAGUAAUCUCAAACAAGUUCGACAUAUACAGCUUGGGUGUUGUUAUCAUAAAGGUAAUGGCUGGACCUGAGGGCCACUCCAAAUGUGCUACCAUGUCUUCCAAGGAAUUCGUUGAACUUGUACAGGGAAAUUGGAGGGCUAGGUUAGAAGCACCCCCAAUCCAUGAGCCAGGGCUAGAGGCAUAUUGUGUACAAGUAAAGACGUGCAUUGAAAUAGCCUUAAAGUGUGUGCAGGCAGAUCGGCGCAAAAGGCCGAGUAUAAAUGAUAUCAUUGAUAAGAUGAAUCAGACAGAGAAUAUGAUUCGAUUAUGGUCCCUCAACGUAUAUUCAAAGAGGCCAUAUUUUGCUCCUGAUAUAUCCGGCCUUACGAGAUUCGAGUACAAUGAUUUGGCCGUCAUGACAGACGGAUUCUCCAAACAUCUUGGAUUGGGUGCCUUUGGCAUGGUAUAUAAAGGGAGCUACAAAGACUUGAAUGGCUAUCAACAAGUGGCUGUGAAGGAAAUAAAGAAUACUACUGAAGGAGAAGUUCAUGACUUUAUCGCUGAACUCCAGAGAAUUGGUCGAAUGAGGCUACACACAAAUCUAAUUGAGCUGAAAGGCUGGUGCUGCAGAAGAAACACAUGGAACUUGGUUGAUUUUAUUUCUUGUUGUAGGCAACAAAGGGUUCAAUUCUUUCUUGUCUUUGAAUUUGUUCCUAAUGCCAACCUAGAGGACCACCUACACGACAGGAAGAAAAUUCUACCAUGGCAAAAGAGGUAUCAAAUAAUUAAGGGCAUAGGGUCUGCACUUCAUCAUCUUCACCACCAAUGCAAUAGAGCCGUCUUGCAUGGAGAUAUCAAGCCAAGCAGUGUACUACUGGAUUUUGAUUUCAACGCCAAGCUCGGUGUCGGGCUAUCUAGGACAGCCAGUAAAAACAAUAGAAUACUAGUGGCGACUGAUACUGGGACAGAGGGCAACAUGGACCCACGUAAGUCCGACAUCUACAGCUUUGGAAUUGUUCUACUAGAGAUAGCAUGCACAGGCAAGUCUAGAGAGCAAGUAUGGGAGCUGUAUAGAGAGGAACCCGAGGUGAUGGAGUAUGCCGCUGACCGCAGAUUAGGUGGCAUCUUUGACAAGUCGCAGAUGAAGCGUGUGAUUGUCCUGGGCCUCAGGUGCUCUCACCCAAAUGGGAGACACCGUCCUUUCAUGUCAGAUGCAAUGAAAUUCUUGGAGGAUGGCAUAGAGUUGCCUCCUAUAUUGGAAAUAGAGGAACAACGAGAUUCAAGAUUCUUGGGCAUUUAUUCGGCUGAGUUUUCUCAUAUAGUCAUCGACGUCGAGCACGUAGAGGACGGCAUAGAGUUGCAUACUAUAUUGGAAAUAGAGGAACAAGAAGGUUCAAGAUUCCUGGGCAUUGAGUCCGCUAAUUUUUCUAAUAUAAACACUGCCAUCGAUCCAGAAGAGGCGAUUGUUGGGAUAGGAGGAAGCAGCAGCUGGCUUAAAGGUGUAAGGUGGAGGUGGGAAAGGAGGUUAAGGAUGCUGUCUGUUCAUGAUUUAUAGUCGUGUAACUAGAAGAACAUGGCAGAGACAUUUUUAGCCGUUAUCGUUUAUUUUUCUCUGUUU